AAGUUCUUCAGUUGUACACCCGAGUUUUGUCAACAUCAACAUUAAAGUGCGACAAUUAAAGCGCAACGAUUUUAGUCAAUGAAUGUAGUAUAAAGACAUUCGCGAAUAGCGUAUAGUAUAAGAGGGCGUGGCUUUCCCCUCAAGAUUGACAGCGGUAGUUCUCUAGCGUAUUUUAUAAUAACUACUCCACUGGUAGUUAUUGUGCUAUAUAGAGAAGUCGGAGAUUGCUGUAUAGGCUUUUUUUCUAAUUUCUAAUAUUCUUUCUAUCUGAAUGAGUGAAAACGGAUGAAUAAACUGGUGAAUGAACGGGACAGCCGGUUAAGCCAUGCGGGAUGUUCGGGUCUUAGGGCUCUAUGUACUUUGGUACUUUAUUGAUGGAGCCCUUGCGAUAGAUCCGUCGUUGGUGCAUAUUCUUGGUAAAGGUGGAGACUUUCAAUUUAAUGAAGUUUUGACUGUCUUUCCUAAAAGAGUUUACGAUAAUCAUAAUGGUUUGGAUGUUACAAAUAAAAGACAUUUCCAUAAACGAAGUGUCCGAGAGUUAUGGGAUAAAAAUGUGGAUUAUGUUGUAGAAUUUGGUGAUAAAAAUAUAAAGUUGAAUUUAGCACGAAAGGAUGACAUAGUGGCACCUGGAAUUGUUGUGCAACAGUUUAAAGGGAAUUUAACUUGGUUGGAGGAACAUAGCACUUUAAGUGGCUUGUCAUGUUUUUACGAAGGGACCGUUUCAGGGAGUGGGUGGUCUCAGGCCUCUCUCAGUCUUUGCGAUGGAAUGGCAGGGUCAUUCAGUGUAGAAGGAGAACAUUAUCUCAUAGAACCUAUAAUAGCUGGAGAUAACACCAGUGAACAUUUAAACCAAACUGAACAAGUUAUACCUCAUCUUCUUUAUACGUUAAAACAUUCACAUAAACAUAUACACAGUAAUACAGGAAGUGAUUCCUCUUGUGCUGUGGAUUCAGAAAAUUAUAAACACAAGCGAAGGAAAAGAGACUUGGAAAGUGAUAUAGAAAACUUAGAUUUUAGUGAUAUAUCUAGUGCAUCUUCAUUUAAUAAUUUAAUUUCAUCGUCUAAUUCUCCUCAUCGGACUAAACGCUCAGUGUCACAUAAAAACUAUGUGGAAGUUAUGGUAGCCACUGACCAUCUCAUGCUGCGGUAUCAUAAAGAUGAUCUUCAACAUUAUAUUCUUAAUUUGAUGGCCAUAGUCAACAGUAUAUAUAGAAAUCACACCAUAAGACAUUUCAUCCACAUAGUCAUUGUAAAAAUAGUCAUCUUUCACACAGAAAGGGAAGGACCCAAAAUUACCCCAAAUGCCGGUGAAACACUGAAAAGAUUUUGCAAGUGGCAAUCUGAAAACAAUGGUGAUGAAGACAGCAGAUCUCACUAUGAUACAGCAAUUUUAUUGACAAGACAAAAUAUAUGCAGGGCCCCAGAAAAAUGUGAUACAUUAGGACUGGCUGAACUAGGAACUAUGUGUGAUCCUGAGAGAAGUUGUUCUAUUGUAGAGGAUAAUGGAAUUAGUGCAGCAUAUACAAUUGCUCAUGAACUUGGCCAUGUUUUUAAUUUACCUCAUGAUGAUGAUAAUCGAUGUCGCCGUCCAAUAUAUGACCGAGAUCCUACAGCUAAAACACAUAUAAUGUCCCCAACUAUUGACGAGAAAACUGACCCAUGGUCCUGGUCGGAUUGUAGUUCGCGUCUUCUCACAAAAUUUCUUGAUGCUGGCUACGGAAAUUGUCUUCACAAUAAACCAAGAGGCAAGAAACAGUAUCGCCGAAAAAUCACCCGACUACAGAAAAAAAAAGCAGGGUCCAUCUACAAUGUGAACAAACAGUGUGAGCUCAUCUACGGAAAAGGAUUUUUCUUUUGCUCUUUUCAGAACACGUGCCAGCAGUUAUGGUGUACUCAAAAUCUGAGUCUCUCGUGCCAAACACAGCACAUGCCCAUGGCUGAUGGAACCAUGUGUGGACCUGGUAAAUGGUGUAUACGUGGAAGAUGUGUAAAGGAUAAACCUGGCAAGAAAGUGAAAGGUGGGUGGGGUAAAUGGCAUCCCUAUGGUAAAUGUACAAGAACCUGUGGUGGCGGAAUCAAAAAGGCUGUCCGAGAAUGUAACAAUCCAGAACCAAGUGGGGGUGGCCGUUACUGUACCGGCAAGAGGAUAAAAUACAGACAUUGUAAUACCAAGGAUUGCCCAUCUAACAGUGAUGACUUCCGUAUACAGCAAUGUGCCGAAUACAACAGCCAAAUACGUCAUUAUAAUAUACCUCCAGGAUCUAAAUGGCUUCCAAAAUAUGAUGGUCUUCAAGAGAAGGACUGGUGUAAGUUGUAUUGUAAGGCCGAUUCUAGUCCGUCCUACUUCUACAUGCUGAACCACAAGGUGAUUGAUGGAACAAAAUGUCGGCCUGAUGGUAACGACAUCUGUGUCAACGGUCAGUGUCGGCGUGGAGGAUGUGAUAACAAACUUGGUUCCAACAUGAAACGUGACAGGUGUGGUGUAUGUGGGGGAGACAAUGCAUCAUGUAGAACUAUCUCCGGAUCUUAUAACUCAGUCAAAUAUGAUUACAACAAUGUCACUGUGAUCCCUGCUGGUGCUACCAAUAUUGAUAUAAGACAACUUGGUUAUAGACAUCUACGUGAUGAUGAAAACUACCUCGCUCUGAUAAAUUUUCGCAAUGAGUAUUUACUGAACGGUCACUACCAGAUUAGUCCGUACCCUCAGAAGAUUAAUGUUGAAGGUGCUGCCCUGUUUUACACCGGCUCGGAAAUAAUAGAGGAGAGAAUUAACUCUACUGGAACUCUCGGUGAAGAUUUACAAUUACAGGUAUUGUCUGUUGGAGACUUGAACCCUCCCAAAAUUCAAUAUUCUUAUACACUGUCACUACAUCAAAAUGAGAGGUUUACCUGGAAGGAGGGAAGUGAAUGGACAAAAUGUAAUGAUAUAUGUAAUGGAAUGAGAUUCCGUAAGAUAAAAUGUGUCCGAGAGAAUGACAAUGCUAUUGUGUCUGAACAGCGAUGUGAAAAUAUUCCAAAACCUUACCCACGAUCUGAGAGAUGUAACCCAUUCUGUACAUUAAACUGGAAGGUACUCCGAGGAGAGUGUUCCACAAAUUGCGGUACAGGAGUGGCGAGACAAAAUAUCUCUUGUGUGGUUUCCGGACGUUACAGGAGUACCGAGGAAGUUGAUAUGGCACAUUGUAUAAAACGUUCUGAAAUCGGACCUAAGCCAGCUGAUCGUGUCGUCUGCUAUGGGAAAUGUAGAGAUACUCAGUGGAAAUACACAGAAUGGUCAAAGUGUACUGCCACUUGCGGAACUGGAGGUCAGAAAAGAAGUGCCAUCUGCGCGGACAAGAACGGGGAAAAAGUUGAUGACUCAUAUUGUAGUAAGAAGGAUCUCUCCACGGAAAGAGUUUGUAACACUCAACCUUGUCCGGUAUGGCAGGUACAAGAUUGGACAGAAUGUUCAGUAACUUGUGGUCAUGGACACCAGCAUCGUAAAGUGUUGUGUUACAUCAGAGACGAGGAAGUUAUUGAAACAAAGUGUGAUUAUAAGCAGAAACCGACUAACAAGCUUGAAUGUUACAUGGGUACAUGUCCUAGAUGGUCAACUGGUGAAUGGGGAGAGUGCUCCACAACAUGUGAUAUGGGGAUCGCAAUACGUUCUAUCAAGUGCGAGGCCACCUCAGGUCAAACCCUAGACGACUUCCAUUGUGAUGCCACUCAGCGACCGUACGAGACACGACAAUGUAACGAGGGGACAUGUCCUACAACCACUGUCCCGACUACCACACAGAGGGAGCAAAAACGGAAAUUAAAGAUUAUACCAAAAGUUAUCUAUCACUGGACAACAGGAAGUUGGACACAGUGUUCAGCGUCGUGUGGUGAAGGUAUUAAACAGCGUUAUGUAACAUGUAUGAAUAAUAAAGAUGAAGUAGGUGACCCCUUUGACUGUGAUCAACUAGAUAAACCGGCUGAAACGGAGGCUUGUACUCAGCGGGCGUGUGGAUACUGGAGAACUGGUGACUGGGGAGAGUGUUCUGUAACCUGUGGAACUGGUAUAGAAACUAGAGCAGUUGUAUGUACAUUACAAGACCGGAAAUCAGCCGACCAGAUUCACUGCGACAUGGAUGUUAAACCAGAACUGGAACGUAAAUGCUCACUGGAUGAAUGUAAACCUGAAGAUUUUGAUAUUGGUGUGAUAAUUACCAACACAGUGGUUGGUAUAAGUCACUGGAGAAUAGGACCUUGGAGUGCAUGUUCAGCAUCAUGCGGGACAGGUUGGCAAAGGCGUCAGGUUUUAUGUCAUGACGAGAAAGGACCCAGUGAGAAAUGUUCUGAAGAUCAAAAACCAGAAUCCAAACAGUCAUGUGACGCAGGUGCUUGUCCUAAAUGGGCUAAAGGAGAAUGGUCUCAGUGUUCCAAAUCUUGUGGAGAAACUGGGAUGCAAAAACGUACAGUUAAAUGUCAGUCAGCAGACGGAGAAUCUUUACCAGACACUAGCUGCGAUAUUUUCAACCGACCUCCGGAUACAGGAAUCUGCAACAAUGGCCCUUGUUCUAGAAACAGAAAUUGGCAAGUUGGGCCAUGGUCUUCGUGUUCUGUAACAUGUGGCACUGGUUCCUCUCAGCGUGAUGUUAUCUGUGUGUCUGAAGCGGGAACCAACCAGCCGUCUGCUGAAUGUGACGAGCCCAAACCUAGAAACACUAAACGUUGCACUCUGCAUGCUUGUCCAUCUUGGGCCCAUACUAAAUGGAGUAAGUGUUCAACAACAUGUGGGACUGGUGUACAACAACGUAAGGUUGUUUGUCGUGUAGGCCAUGGUAAAAUUGUACCUAAUGAACUUUGUAUUGGGAGCAAAAAGCCGAGAUCACAGAAGAAAUGUGGAGCAGGAGAUUGCUCGGAAUUUAUGUGGCGUACAGGAGAUUGGUCUGAGUGCUCGAGGGAUUGUGGAUUUGGCACAAAGAUUCGUGAUGUGAUCUGUGCUGAUGCGAGUGACAAAACAGUCAAUAGCACACUUUGUAUGUCUAAGAAAAAACCAAAAUCAAAGAGACGCUGUAGUGAAUUUCCCUGCCCAUUCAUGUGGAAUACAAGUCCUUGGUCUGAGUGUUCUGUGAGUUGUGGUGAGGGAGCACAGUCGAGGCGCGCCGUCUGUCAGGCAGUGACCAAGGAGGGUUGGAUCCUCCCAGGAGAGGUACCGUAUGGCUGCAAGGUAACAGACAAGCCAGCAGUGACACAGAUAUGUAACCAUGGUCCCUGUCAAGCUAGAUACAGAUGGAUGACCGCACCCUGGGGAGAGUGUUCAUCACGAUGUGGGAACGGUUAUGAACGUCGGCAGGUACAAUGUGUAGAUGCUAGCGGCCAACGUAAGAAAAAGAAAUUAUGUUCAAAACCUCAUAGACCCUCUGGUAGAAGACCAUGCUAUAAUGGACCCUGUUAUGCGAGUUCUUGUAAACAGUUGAAGGAGCAAACAUCUAUCAGACAAGAUGGCAGCUAUAAACUGUUUGUACAUGGCAGAUUAUUAGAGAUAUAUUGUAAGAAUAUGAAGAGACAAGUUCCGGAAGAGUUCCUUUCCUUACCAGCUGGUGAAACUGAAAAUUACUCAGAAAUCUAUCCAUUUAGGUUGAAGAGACAGAAAACAUGUCCAAACAAUGGUACAAGACAGACACCUUGUAAAGAGUGCAGACUGAGGCCCUACAGAAAUGCUGGGAAAACUUCCUAUAAGAAAAUCAAAAUUGAUAUACUUACAUUAAAGAUACAAGUGGCAGAUUUAACGUUUUCAUCAUCUGUCAAUGGUAAUCACAUUCCAUUUGGAUCAGCAGGAGACUGCUACAGUUCUGCACAAUGCCCACAGGGGCGAUUUAAUAUAAACCUCUCAGGGACGGGACUUGUUGUUACACAGAAUACAACAUGGCUGUCCCAAGGAACAAAUGCUGCACAAUCUAUUGAAAGAUUGCAGGAAGGGGAGGUAAUCGAGGGAUGGUGUGGUGGUUUAUGCGGCUGGUGCUCGCCGGAGUCCGGUAUACAGCUAAAAGUAUACUCAUAACAACCGGAUACAAUAGUGGAAAUAUAGAAUAACAGAGUAACAGCUUUGGGUGGGUGGGGUACAACAAUCCUUCCAUGUCUUUCAUGUACAGUGACUGAGAAAAUGUUUGAAGAAUGAAAGUGCAUUUUACACAUUGUGAAUAACCAUUGACUGUCAAUCAUCGUUGGAUACGUGAUAUGAAUGCAUGAAAAUUUGAUAACUUGUUGUUGGCUGGUGUUUUUUUUUAUUAUUAUUAUUUUAUGUAAAGAUCUGCUGACUUUUUGUAUUUGUUCAGUGUAUUAUAUUUAAUGGUUAAUUAAUUUUGAAUUUUGAUUUUUUUGUAAUUAACAGAAGAGUUAUGUUUGCUGUUUUAGGGUUGUGUCUUAAUUAUGAAUAUAUUUUAGGAAUAAGAAUCUAUUGUUUUUCUUUACACAAACAUAUUUUUGAGUUUAUAAAUUGACAGUUAAUAGGAAUUGAAAAGGUUACAGCAGAAAUCUGUAGCAUUUCUUCAGCUUGUUAAACUCUGAACAUUUCACGUUCAAAUACUUUGUAUUAUCUUGAAAAAUAGUGUAAUUCUUUAACUUCAUACAAAACAUAAAACAUGAUUAUAUCACAUUGAUAUUUCAUAUGUAUGUAACAUGAUUUUUGUGUCGCCUCUACAGAGUAGUUGCGACAUAUAGGGAUCACUUCUCCGUCGUCUGUCUGUCCGUCCGUCACAAAACUUGUCCGGACUACUCCUCAUAAACAACUGGUGCAAUUUUAUCCAAACCUUACAGGAAUGAUCAGUACCAAGUCUAGUUGUGCAUAUUGUCAGCAUUUUCCGGUUGAAUGAUUUUUGCCAGAGUUAUGGCCCUUUGAUAAAAAGGUGUUUUUUUAGCUCACCUGUCACAAAGUGACAGGGUGAGCUUUUGUGAUCGCUUUUCGUCCGGCGUCCGUCCGUCCGUUCGUCCGUCCGUCCGUCCGUCCGUCGUCCGUCCGUAAACUUUUGCUUUAAAUGACAUCUCCUCAUAAACCACUGAGCCAAUUUCAUCCAAACUUCACAGGAAUGUUCCUUUGGUGGUCACCUUUAAAAAUUGUUCAAAGAAUUUAAUUCCAUGCAGAACUCUGGUUGCCAUGGCAACCGAAAGAAAAAUCUUUAAAUAUCUUCUUUUAAACAACCCUAAGAGCUAAAGCUUAGAUAUUUGGCAUGAAACAUCUUCUAAUGAGUGUCUACCAAGUUUGUUCAAAUAAAAGCCCUGGGGUCAAAAUUGGCCCCGCCCCCGGGGGGUCAUUGAUUUUCCCUAUAUGCAUAUAGUAAAAACUUAAAAGAUCUUCUUUUAAAGAACUGUAAGAGCUAGAGCUAAGAUUUUUGGCAUGGAACAUCUUCUAGUGAGUGUCUACCAAGUUUGUUCAAAUAAAAGCCCUGGGGUCAAAAUUGGCCCCGCCCCGGGGGGUCAUUGAUUUUCCCUAUAUGCAUAUAGUAAACACUUAAAAAAUCUUCUUUUAAAGAACUGUAAGAGCUAGAGCUAAGAUAUUUGGCAUGAAACAUCUUCUAGUGAAUGUCUACCAAGUUUGUUCAAAUAAAAGCCCUGGGGUCAAAAUUGGCCCCGCCCCAGGGGGUCAUUGAUUUCCCUAUAUGCAAAAAGUAAAAACUUAAAAAAAUCUUCUUUUAAAGAACCCAAAGAGCUAGAGCUUAGAUAUUUGGCAUGAAACAUCUUCUAGUGAAUGUCUACCAAGUUUGUUCAAAUAAAAGCCCUUGGGUCAAAAUUGGCCCCGCCCUGGGGGGUAAUUGAUUUUCCCUAUAUGCAUAUAGUUUAAACUUAAAAAAUCUUCUUUUAAAGAACCGUAAGAGCUAGAGCUUAGAUAUUUGGCAUAAAACAUCUUCUAGUAAAUGUCUACCAAGUUUGUUCAAAUAAAAGCAUUGGGGUCAAAAUUGGCCCCGCCCCAGGGGGUCAUUGAUUUUCCCUAUAUGCAUAUAGUAAAAACUUAAAAAAUCUUCUUUUAAAGAACUGUAAGAGCUAAAGCUUAUAUAUUUGGCAUGAAACAUCUUCUAGUGAAUGUCUACCAAGUUUGUUCAAAUAAAACCCCUGGGGUCCAAAUUGGCCCCUCCCCAGGGGUCAUUGAUUUUCCUUAUAUGCAUAUAGUAAAAACUUAUAAAAUCUUCUUUUAAAGAACCCAAAGAGCUAGAGCUAAGAUAUUUAGCAUGAGACAUGUUCUAAUGGGUGUCUACCAAGUAUGUUCAAAUAAAAGCCCUGGGGUCAAAACUGGCCCCGCCCCGGGGGUCAUUGAUUUUCCUUAUAUACAUAGCAAAAACUUUAAAAUCUUCUUUGAAAAAACCCAAAUAACUAGAGUUUAGAUAUUAAGCAUGCAACAUCUUUAAGUAAAUAUCUACAAAGUUUGUUCAAAUAAAAGCCCAGGGGUCAAAACUGGCCCUGCCCGAGGGGUGUCAUUGUUUUUUACUCUAUGUGUAUAGUAAAAACUUAAAAAAUCUUCUUUUAAAAAACCCAAUGAGCUAGAACUUAGAUGUGUAGCAUGAAACAUCUUCUUAUGGGUGUCUACCAAGUCUGUUCAAAUAAACAAAUAAAAGCCCUUGGGUAAAAAUUGGCCGGGGGGGGGGCUAUAUACAGGUGAGCGACCUCAGGGCCAUCAUGGCCCUCUUGUUCUGUGUGUUGCCAGAUACACAAAAGCUUGUCCGGACUACUUCUCGUAAACUACUGGUGCAAUUUUAUCCAAACUUUACAGGAAUGAUCAGUACCAAGUCUAGUUGUGCAUAUUGUCAGCAUUUUCCGGUUGAAUGAUUUUUGCCAGAGUUAUGGCCCUUUAAUAAUUUUUAUUUUUAAAGUUUGUCCGGACUACUUCUCAUAUACCACUAAUGCAAUUUCAAUGAAUCUUUACAGGAUUUAUCUGUAGCUCAAAUCCUUGCGCAUAUUGCACGGGUUUUCAGGUUGAAUGAUUUUUGGCCGAGUUAUGGCCCUUUGAUAAAAAGGUGUUUUUUUCUGUGUGUUGCCAGAUACACAAAAGCUUGUCCGGACUACUCCUCAUAAACUACUGGUGCAAUUUUAUCCAAACUUUUCAGGAAUGAUCAGUACCAAGUCUAGUUGUGCACUGUCCGUCUGUCUGUCCGUCUGUCACAAAACUUGUCCCAACAUGAAAUUGACCAUCAUGAGGCAACACAUGUGAUCACUGAUCGCUCUUGUGUUUAAAUGUUUGCAAAAAAAUAUAGAAGCAUUGUACAAUAGAUUUAUCAAUACAUAUAUAUGUUAUGUAUUUUUUGUAUAUUUGUGGUCACUGCAAUCUAUGACACAGUGUCACAUAGUGAAUACUAAUAGGUAUCACACAUGAGGUACAUAUUUAUCUGUGACACACACACAGUGUAAUUAUGUAUCUAUGACACACAUAAGACUGUAAUUACCAAUGUCACACAUAGGUAAUAAGAAUUUUCCACUGCACAUAAUUAACUACCUGUGUCACUCAUACUAGGUAUUUCUGUUGUAUAUGAUAAUUAACUACCAGUGUCACAUGAAUUUCUGCCGCGCAUGAUUAUUACCAAGUUGUGUCACACAUAGUAAUUUUUGUAUCUGUGUCACACAGUAAUUACUUUUCUGUGGUUCAUUUAUUGGUUACUAAUUUGUGUCUUACAUGGGGAAACAUUUUAUCACAGAAAUUUUUGAGACACUAUUUUGAUAUCACGACUUUUAUGUUAAAUGUGUAAAUAAACCAUAUAAUCCGUCCACUGUGGCCAGUUCUAUGCUUUUUUGUGCAAUAUCUUUCUUUUUUUGUCCUUUGUACAUGUAUAUUUUGUUCUUAUAAACUUGAUGGAAUCUUCAUUCAUUUUAUUGAAUUUAAUUGUUUCAUUUUAUUUCAUCAUUUAUUUGUAAAAAGUUACACUUUUUAUCUACAAGUAUCAGAAUUUAAAAAGAUAUUCUGAUAAAAAAGCAGAGUGAUUUUAACACAAAUAUUUAUAACACAAUUUAGACAAACAUCUUUUUAUUCAAAAAGAAAAAUGUUUUAUUUUGCUGCACUGAAAUGUUUUUUAAAACGUUUUUUGCAUUUUAUGCAAAUAAGGUUAUAGGGUUUUCUUUGUACUUUUCUUGUUAACAAAAUAACACUGGUCAAGGAUAAAAAUUGUACAAGCAUUUUUCAAUUGUUUUAUUAUUUUUGUGUAAUUUUCAGAAUAUAAUAUAUUAUACAGUUCUGUAAUAUUUUAUCAAUAUUUGAUAUGCAAUAAUAUCCCUGGUAUGCUAAGAGACUGUGAGAUGUAUGAAACUUGAAUAUAAAAUACAGUUAAACCUGUAUUUAAUGGUCAUUUUUUUUAAGCAAAUAAUGUUUAUAAAUGCCUACCAUAAAUAUAUUACAUCCCAUGUUUACAAUUGUAAAAAAUCACCAUGCACACUUACCUAUUGUUAGAUUUCCAAUGGUUUGGAAAAAUUGAUUUAAACUUAUUUAGUUUGAUUGAAGUACUGUAAGAAAAUAUACAAGAAAUCCCAAGAGCUGUUACAUGAACCUAGAGAAACCAAGUCUAUCUGAUAUUUCAAUAUUUCUGUAGCUUGGCUCUGGUCUCCCUAUUUGUAUAGACAAACCAUAUGUCUACUUAAGUCAAAGUAUUGAAUUGUGGCCUUUAAGUGUAUGUUUGACUGUAUUUUUCAGUUCAUUUUUAAUGAUCACCUGGCAACUUUUUUAUCUUUAGAUGAAUAUUGUCGUUGCUUGGAUAGGUUGUUUUAAUUUUUCAUGAAAAUUGAAAAAAUGCAAGUUUUCGUGUUUAAAUUGUGCGAAUGUUUGUUAUUUUAAAAUAUUAUUUCAGGGUAAUUGAUUCACAUUUAAAUGUUGGCCAGUACUGAAGAUUGUAAGCAAGUUUAUUGUUGAAGAUAUAUCUUUUUAUUUAGUAUUUUAUGAACAUAUUUUACUCAUACAAGUGGUUGAAUAUAUUGUCCUAUUUUAUUCCAUAGAAAUUGAUUUAUUCUUUAAAAAAAAAAAAAAGCAACAUGCACUUGGAAAUAUGAUUAUUUUUGGAGGAGCAGAUUUAAAUGUGCCAUAGAAAAGUGUUUUGUAGAAAUUUGUAGGACCUUGUGUUAUUACCACUGUUUGUUUUCUUUUCAUUAUUAAUAAGGAAUGAUUAAAAUUUGGAAGGGAAACAUGAUUGUCAAUUAUUUUUGUUUUGAAAAGCAUCAUGCUUCGCACAAAAUAACAACUAAAAAUAGUGCUGUUUCGAAAAUUAAAAGAUUUUAAAUUUGGUAUGUUUUUGGUCAUUUUUUGUGUGUUUUUUUUCUUUAUAUUUGGUAAAUUUAAAAAGAUUUUAUCAUCCCUUGAAAUAUUCUGUGUCUCUGAAUGAUUUUUGUAAAGUGUGACUCUGUUUUAUGGGGAAUAAAUAGUGGUUUGACUUUACUUUAUAAUUUUAUAAAAUUGAUUUUAAAAAAUAUGUACAAAACAUAUAAAAUUGUUUUGUAUUGUAAUGGUGUACAUUUUAAGAUGACCAUGUCGUAUUUAUAUAUAUGUUGUAAAACAAGUUAUUGUUAAAAUUUCAUGUUGUUAAGUAUACAUGAUGUAUAGAUAUCCUUUUUUCUUACUUUUUUUUUCAAGUAAUUUGUAAAUUGUUUGUGCACUGUAUUGUAUAUAAGAAAAUGUUUUUGUUAAAUUGCUAAAUGCAAAAAUUAUAUAAAUUAUGACAAUGGAUGUAACAUAGGAAACAUUAAGUUAUUGCAUAAUACCAAGAACAUGUGAGGUGUAUUUUAGUUAAGUGUGCAAAAAAAUGGGACUCAUAGACUCCUAUAGUACCCAAUGAAUGUAAUAGUCAGAGUGACACAAACAUGAAGAUGUACCAAUUAUGAUCGUAUCUUCUUUCGUACUUUCUCUUUCGUUAAUAUAUUUUGUUAAUAUAAACUUCAGGUUUUUUUUUCCUUAAGGAUUUUAAACCUCUCAAAAUGGACAAGUUAGAAAUUUGUUUCUUUGAUAUUAUUUAAUACAGUGAGUCAACAUAAGUUAGGAUAUUGGUCAUAACAAGUUUUUAUACAGUAAUAUACUCGAUGGUUUAGACAAUUUUCAUCUCACCAGAUUGAUAAGUUUUAUGGAUCUUUAAGGAAAAUUUGUUUCUUCUCCAGUAUACUCAUGGAGUUACGUGUUGAUACAUGACACAAAAUUGUCGCCUCAUUGUUGGACUAUUGUAAAUGUUUGAAGUAAAACAGAUACAUUAAUCUUGUAUUGAGAUGACUAUAUGAGAAAUCCAAAACUAUAUAACUAAGCUCUAAAACUGCCAUUAUAUAUAUGAAAGUAUUGUAUGACAUGGAGUCUCCAAAUACCUUUUCAUUUUCGUUAUGAAGAAUCCAUUAAACCUAGGACAUAUGAUUAUAUUUCAGAUUGAACUUAAAUGGGGUAUCAAUUUGAUAAUUAAAUCAGAUAGAAAAGAUUCAAUAUUUCGCAAAAUUUUGUUGUAUUUUUUGAAAGCUAAGAAUGUCAAUUUGUUAUUUCGAACACUAUAAUAUAAUUUGACGUGAAAAAUUUCUCAAGUAUGAGAAAAUCAAAAAUACAUUUAUGUUUGAAAAAAAAGCCUGUAUCUUGCCUUAGCUUGAACAGUUAUUGUUAAAUUCCCGUUCUGUUGAAAUAUAGAAUUUAUUGCUUGCCUUUUUGUCUACCAUAUUUGGUGAUCAUGUCCGCAGAGUUGACAACAAAUACUCAAAAUACCAAAGCAAUUACAUUUACAAUCAUUUUUCGUAUCAACAUAUUUUAUAUUUUGCAAGGUCUCGGCCAUUUUGUUUACAUACAUAGUGGUUAGAAGUUAUAUUUAUGGUCACAUGACCUGAUGUUUUGCCAUAUAGUGCCAUUAUCAUUACGAAGAAAAUGUUUUACAUCUAAGAUUGUCGUCUUUUUGAAGCAUAUUAAACACAAACAUAGCUUCACAUUAACUAGAUAUUUUAUACUAUAAAAUACAUUUAUUAUCCUACUCUGUAAGACAACUUUGUAGAAACAUGGGAGUAAACUUCUAUAGUUUUAUCAUUAUAACCUGGCAGUCCUUGGAAUUUUAAUGUUAAGGAAAUUUACAUAAAUAUUCUUAGUUAGUCUGGUUAACUCUUUUAUUAAGACAUGUUUUACAUGACUAUCUUUCAUAAAUGGGUCAUCGUAAUUUUAUUUCUCUCAAGUUUUGUGUGCUAUAUUCAUGAAAUAACAACACUAGAUAGUCAUUUCACUCAACAAAUAUCUACAAAAAAAUAACAUUGAAAAAUAGUAGAGGAAAUAUCAAAAUUCAUACCUUCAUAUUUGAAUCAAGUUUUUGUUUGAGAUCAUCUCAUACAUUACACUUCAAAAAGCAGUCUUGAAACUGGAGCUUCUGAUUGGAUAGUUUAUUAACAGACUUUUGAAAUCAACCAAUGAAAUUCUUGUUUGAAGACUGGUUCUCUAAAUUCAUAUUUUUGCAUCAAGAAGUUACCAUUUUUAUAAAAUGAAAAAUUUGUUGUCUCAUUUAUUACGUUGUUUUUUCGUGUACACAAAUUUUGUCAUUUUUAGGUCUUGUAUAGUUGAUAGUUAUGUCCCUUGUUUGAUAAAGUGCUUGUAAGAAAGUACAUAACGUGAACAAGAGAUGUAUAAGUUAGUUAUGUUCAAUAUUAGAACUGGUUGUAUAUGCUGUACAAGAUAUUUAAUAAAAAUAUAUUUAUUUCUAUAA